AUGGCUGCCCUCAAAAAGCUUGAUGUCCCCGAGGACUCCCUCUUCAAGAAUGCCGACGUCCUCCCCCUUCCAUUCUCCCCUACUCCAAGCCAAUCUGAAGAUGAUUCUGAGUCUAAGGAGGAAGCUUUGGAUGAGACAGGGGUCUACAAGAAUCUUCUGCAGGAAGUUUCACAAAGAGUUGAAGCAUCUUUGCCAAUAUACACCACUUUCCGAUCAGGCCUUGGACACCUACCUGUCUUCAGUUGUACCGUAGAGUUGGCUGGCGUUAGAUUUACUGGUGAACCAGCCAAGAACAAGAAACAAGCAGAAAAGAAUGCAGCUAUGGCAGCUUGGUCAUGUCUAAAACUAUUAGCGCAAAAAUCCGAGGGCUCAUCAGAAAAGGUGAAUAAUGAUGAGCAAGAGCACGUCACUGUAGCACGUGCUCUGCAGAGUUUUCUUAGGAAGGCAAAGAUGUGUAAUGUAUCAUUCCCAAUUAAAAUUCCAAUUCAGAAUCCAAGACCGUUGACCACACAGCCAUCUCCUAUGAGAUCAUCGAAGAUCCUUCCUUUAAUAUGCUCCAAGACUGUUCCUCAGAGUAGACCCGUUAUGACACCUGUAAGCAACAGCCCGAUGUUCCCAAAGACAGGUUCACAAAGCAGACCUGUAACCGCUGAUGCCCCCUUACCGUCUCCUGAAAGCCCUAGGGUCCGACCUCAGAAGUUCCCUGCAACUGGAGCAGAACCCUAUAUUCCUGUCCGGCAUUUUAGGGGGCACUAUGGCAUUGCACCGCCAGUGACGAUAAGAAACGCAAUACCUGUUUUCUCUGCACCGCCACUGCCUCCUCCACUGAGCCAGUCCCCACAAUUGAGGCUUCCACCGUCAUGUAUUGCCCCACCUGUCUGCAUAAGGCAGGCAGUGCCAGUUUUUGCUGCUCCAGCUUGUGUUGAGGAGCAGCCUAUCUCUAUCGCUCCUCCAACCCCAGUAUCCGGCUCUUCAGCACAGAUAUAGAAGAGGAAGAGUGCAGUGCAGGACAACCGGCCGGAAUCUGUGGUGAUACAAGGCUUGCAAGGGCUAAAGAUUUGAUAACAAGCACACGAGGUUUUGAAUUGCAAGAAAGGUUAUUUAGGCUAUGUUUGAAUCAUGGAUUUAAGUAGUGAUUUAGAAAUUGAAAGAAAAAGGAAAAGGAAAAUGUGCAAGAAAUAGAGAAAAAAUUUAGCUUAUAUUUCAUUCACAUUUUCUUCACCUUUUCUUUUUUCUUUCUAGAACUCUAUCCAAAUUCAUGAUUCAAAUACAACCUUUAAGGUUUUUUUAUUUAUUUUAUUAUUAUUACAUAUUAUGAGUUAUAUGAGAGUUUAGUUUUCUUCUUGAAUUUCUUUUUGCUAGGAAGAUGGAACUAAUAUAGCCUAUAUGUCAUUGAUCUGGGGAAAUCUUGUCCGGCUUGAUGUUGGGCUGGUUCUCUGGGAAGAGUACCAACUAAAUUUGAACCCCAUUAUACAUAAUAAUAAUAAUAAUAAUAAUAGUACAGAUAUUAAAAUGAAUGAAUGAGUUAUAAACUAUUAUUGUUGC